AUGAAGGACCUCACUACGGAGAACAUCACGGAGAAUGUUCAUGCCAUCAACAAACAAUGUACGAACCCAAGGACGAGAUAUAUAUUCGAACGUCUGGUAUCCCAUCUACAUGAUUUUGCUAGAGAGACACGACUUUCGACGGAUGAGUGGAUGACCGGACUGGAUUUUCUGACAGAUGUUGGCCAAAUCAGCACUGACCUGAGAAGAGAGAUGAUCCUUCUCUCCGAUACGCUUGGACUAAGUGCUCUGGUUGAUUCUAUCGAUCAUCCGCGCACCGGAAAGUCGACCGAGGGAACCGUGCUUGGCCCUUUCCAUACCCACGAUGCACGCGAAGUGGACAACGGCUAUGCUAUCCACAAAGACCCUGAUGGAACCCCUCUGCUGGUCCUUUGCACUGUCAAAGAUACCGAGGGAAAUCCACUCCAAGGUGUACAGGUUGAUGUAUGGGAGGGCGAUUCGCACGGGAAUUAUGACGUCCAGUAUCCAGACCGUGAUGGACCAGAUGGCAGAGGUAUCUUGUUUUCCGAGCAAGAUGGAACCUUCUGGUUCAAGGCGGUGAAGCCUGUCUCCUACCCGAUUCCAAUGGACGGACCUGUCUUCAGCAUGCUUCAGAUGUUAGGCAGGCAUCCCAACCGGCCCGGCCAUGUUCACUUCCUGCUGAAGAAAGACAACUUCGACCCUCUCAUCACUGCUUUGUAUCCUCGUGGCGACCCAUACGAGGCUUCUGAUCCAGUGUUCGGUGUUAAAGAAUCUCUCAUCGUAGACUUGUCGAAGGUGACAGAUCCAGAAAUGGCCAAAAAAUACGGAGUUGAAGAAGGAACUGCUCUUUUGACUUAUGACUUUGUGCUAGUAACAGUGAAGGAAACACUGAAGCUGCGCAAGGCAAAGGCAGAAGAAGCCAUUAAAAAGAUGGGAAGAAGCAUGGAAGAUUUCCAGGGCUUGCCCAUAUUGGAUGUUGAUUGA